CACAUGCUCAAUAACACACAUACAGUUACUGACAUACGCUCAGUAACACGCAUAUAAACAUACACACUAAGACACAUAAAACUCAAUAACACACUCACCCAUAAACACAAUAACACACUGUGACACACAUACAAACAUAUAGAUACACACACAUUCAUUAACACUCACUUACAAUCACACACUCAUAAACACACACUUAUUAACACACACUGAUUUUCACACACUAAAUCACUCACUAACACACACUCAUUAACUCACUCACAAACACACACAUACACUCAAUAACACACACUCACUCAAUAAUACAGACACGCAAUGUAACACUCACUCAUCCACAACACACUCACUCAAUAACACACACUCUCGCAAGCACACACUCAAUAACACACACUAACUCACUCACACACACACACUCAACCACAAACACACUCACUCACUAACACACACACAAAAACUCACUCACAAACACACACACUCUCACACACGCAGACGGUGACCAUGGGCUCGUCUCUCAGUGAGCCCUGCAUCUAUGAUAAGCUGUCGGAGAGCAUCGACAUCCUCCGUCAGUCCGGCUACCGAUACGGGAUGUCGGAGCGCGAGAUCGAGAAGUUCAUCAAGCAGGUGCUGGAGACCAACGAGCCGCGCAGGGAGCCGCCGCAGUUCCCCAUACUCAGGGCCACCGUCAAGUUUGUGGUGGCGGUGGGCGUGGUGCUGAUGGCGGUGCUGGUCUUCACGUAUCCUCAGUCUCCGGUGCUCAUGGGUUCGGUGAGCGGCACCACACUGAACAAUUCCUCUCCGCUGAGCCACAUACGGCUGCUGGAGCUGCCCAUCGCUGAGAAAUACAAUCUGCACGGUUUUCACGAGUGGUGGGCGUCUAGCAGCCUGCAGACGACGGAUGUGAACUGCUCUGCCUGCGCAGACGUGACAGACAUACUGGAGCUUACAGACCACCUGAGGACAUCUGCAGGAGAACACACACACACACAACCACUGUUGCUGAAGGGUGGAGCGGCUCUGUCUCUCCGUGUGUCUCAGAUGGAUCAGGUCUCGUCUGUCUCUCAGACUCCUGCAAACUUCACUCUGCUGUGGAGUGUGUCCUCCAGGCCCAGAGAGUCAGUUCUUCAAUGGUUGUUCCCAGAGUCUGAGUGCUGCCCCCUGCUGGACAUCUGGAGCUCCACACUGCAGCGCUGCAGACACAGCAGCAGACGCCCGCAGCCCUCCAGAGUGCAGGUGUUGGGCUGGAUGGUGGUCGCCGACGGAUCUCCAGACGUUCGUCUUCUUCCAGUGCAGAGAUGCCGAAAACACUGCAGAUCAUUUAGUCUGAGGCUGGAGCCCGGAGACAUGGUGUUCGCCGACGCGCAGUUCUGGCUGAUGGAGCUUCUUCCGUCGGGAGCGCAGGACGUCCAGUGUGACGGCGCGGUGCUUUGAGAAAAACACUGCCGUGCCAAUGAACAUUCAGAUCUCAGGUGUCCAGACUGCGUUCAGGAAAUGACAUCGGCCUUCGUUUUUCUUCAUGGGGACGCCAUUCAGUUUCUGUCCAGCUUCUGUGAUGUUUGCUGGUCUUGUGUUUGGAUGAACUGCAGGAACGGGAUCGGUCGUGUUUCAGGCUAAAACUGAUGUUGUGGAAAUGAUAUUCUGCUUAAAGACGACACUUUAGUACAGUUUCACAUCAUGUUCAUGACGAUUAAGCACAUUUUGCCCUACUGUGAUGCAAAAGAAAUCAUUUCCGUUACAGAAUGCUAAAGAAUUCUCAUUACCGUAAUGCGAAACGUAUAUAUAUAAUGGAAAUGAUUGGUUGUACUGAUUAAAUAUUAAUAUAAGACUUUUAUAUGAGGGUAAUGGGAGGAUUUGCGUUGAUUUUUGGUUAAUUUUUAUUUUUCCUAAAUUGUAAUCAAGAAUUGUAUUUAUUUUUGUAAGAUGGUAAUGAGUGUGUGUUACCAAUAUGGGAAAGAUAAUGAGACUAUUUCACUGUAUUACAGUGACUUUAUUGUUCAUUUUUCGUUUUUUUUUUUGUGUAUCACUGUAAUGAGAAUUGUAAUUUUAGUUAAAAUUAUGUUACAUAUUAUGGCAAAUGUUUAUUUUGUGUAGUGGUAAUGAUAUUUUUCCGCAAUAGUAAUGAGAAUAAUAUGUUUUUGCUCAAUUGCGGUAGUGAAAACAGUGUUUUUUUGUUUAAAAUAUUUUCUAUAUUAUAGUAAAUGCUUAUUUAAUGUAGCGAUAAUGCUAAUAUUUUCACAAAGAUAAUGAGAAUGUAUUGGUGCAUAACGGUAAUGAGAAGAAUAAGUUUGGUUACAAAUAGUUUCCAUUUGAUGGUAAAUACGUUUAUUUUGUGUUGUGUUGAUGAAAAUAUUUUCAUGACCGUGAUCAGAAUAAUCAUAUUUUUGUGUAAAACGGUAAUAAGAGCAAUUAUUUUGGCCAAAAUAUUUUCCCUAUUAUGGUAAAUGUUUAUAUUGUGUAGCGGUAAUGAGAAUGCACAUUGUUUUGGUGUAUUACAGUAAUGAGAAUGUAAAUCUGUCAUGUAUUACGGUAAUGAGAGUGAUCAGUUUAGUUCAAAAUAUUUUCCAUAUUAUGGUAACUGUUGAUUUUGUGCAGCGGUAAUGAGAUGAAUACUUUUUUUUUGCUGUAUUGCGGUAAUGAAAACAGUGGUUUUUAUUUGAAAUAGUUUCCAUAUUUUGUUAAAUGUUUAUUUAGUGUAACGGUAAUGAUAAUAUUUUCAUGAGGAUUAUGAGAAUAAUAUAUUAGUGCGUUACAGUAAUGAGAAGAAUACGUUUAGUUUAUGGAAAAUGUUUAUUUUGUGUAGAGUUAAUGACAAUAUUUUCAUGACGGUAAUUAGAAUAAAAAAAUUCUUGUAUUACGGUAAUGAGAAAAAUAAUGAGAAAAAUUUUGGCCAAAAUAUUUUCCCUAUUAUGGUAAAUAUGGUUAUGUUGUGUAGCGGUAAUGAUCAUGUUUCUUUCCAUGAUGGUAAUGAGAAUGAUCUUUUUUUUGGUGUAUUACGGUUAUGAGAAUGAUCAUUUUACUUCAAAAUAUUUUCCAUAUUAUGGUAAAUGUUUAUGCAGUGUAACGAUAAUGAGAAUAUUUCCCAAUAAUGAGACUAAUAUACUGGUGCGUUACAGUAAUGAGAAGAAUCAGUUUAGUACAAUAUUUAAUUAUCUGGUAAAUACAUUUAUUUUGUGUUAUGUUGAUGAAAAUAUUUUCAUGACAGUAAUCAGAAUAAUCAUAUUUCUGUGCAUUACGGUAAUGAGAAAUAUAAUUUCUGCCAAAAUAUUUUCCCUAUUAUGGUAAAUGUUUAUGUUGUGUAGCGGUAAUAAGAAUGAUUUCAGAAUGUUUUAUUACAGUAAUGACAGAAAUUAUAUUUGGUGUAAUACAGUGAUGAGGAUGAAUAUUUUUCAGAGUACGGUAAUGACGUGGAGACCGUUUUUCAGUGUUACAACACAAUUGAGAAAUAUUGAAUUUUACACCAAUAACAUGCUUGUUUUUCUCGUGACGGUAAUGAGAAUGAAAAUCUUUGCGUUACGGUAACAUGUGCAGAAAGUCUUCUGUUUGGUCAUGAAUAUGUCGUCCCUCUGGAGAUUCACCGAUCAGCCAAUCAAAGCACUUUAUAUGUCUCUGGUCAGCCGAUGAUGUCACGCCUCAACUGCCAAUGGGAGAAGACUGGGUGCAGUGACAUCAUCAGGCAGCGUCAUAGCCGAUGUGUUUAAUCACUGUAAAUAAUGCGAUUCAGAUGAAGAUGAUGAUGUGAUUCACUAAUAUGAUUCAGAGAUUUAUGUGGAUUGUGAUUUUACUGCAGGAUUUACACAGUAAACUAAAGCUGCUGUUCGUAAA